AUGUUUUCAAAAUUUCUAAAACCCGCCUUUCAAAUCCGUCUUGGUGCAUCACUGUUACAACGUAAAAAAGUGUUUCCGCAACUCAUCGUAGUGAGACCCGCUGGAGAAAUGCUACCACCAUCCCAGUAUGAUAUACCAAUACCCAGAAAGCUGCGGCUCAGUUACGCCUUAAAGGAAUACUGGGAGAUCAUUCCUUUGUUCUCGGUGACGAUGACGGCUUUGUUUUUCAUGUUUGCGUCUAUUGCUUGGGCUUGCAAAAAUAAGGUGGACGUUGUGUACAAGACCCGCAGUCGAGAGAAUAUAUCUCGCACGAUGGAUCUUAGGAACCCGACCGUGCAUAAAUUGAUCACUAUCAAUCAGCGCUACGAGCCCUGGCCCGAGAUGCAAGACGUACUGGACAAAAUGGUUAUCGCAGAGAAGCGAGCGCUCGCUCGAUUGCAAGCUUGCAAUCAUGCAUAG